ACUAUUGAUUGUUCCAUACUAUAAAAGGCAGUGAUUCAAUCAAACGAUAAAUAAAACUUGUCUCUCCAUAUAAGAAUAGCAGAAGCCUGUAAAGUCUAAGGAAGACAUCAUCAUGGGACUCAUAGUACAGAACAUCAAUUUCUCUCUCCGUUUUUCGCUAACCGCCCUAAAGAUGGCCGGUCUCUGGGCGCCGGAUGGAAUGCAAACCAGGAAGAAGGCUCUGUAUUAUUGUUACACUUUUGUAUUACUCAUGUUUCUCUUGGGCACGUUCAUAAUAUUACAAAUGAUAGAUCUUUAUCUCAUCUGGGGCAACCUGUCUUUAAUGACGGGUACAGCUCUCGUCUUAUUCACUAAUAUCUCCCAAGUCACCAAAAUUAUUAAUCUCCUUGCUCGUCGGAAGCACAUCGAGUUUCUUAUAAAGGACACUAACGACGGUUUGGAAGUUAUGACUAGUUCUCGAGCCAGGGAGUUGAUCAAAAGUUGCGACCAUGAGACCCGAAAUCAACAAGUUAUAUUCCUGCUCGUGACUUUCAUCACUGCCUUUGGCUGGGCGAUCAGCUCCGACGAAGAUAGACUCCCUCUACCGGCUUGGUACCCUUACGACACGAGCGUCUCUCCCGCCUACGAGCUGACCUACAUGCACCAGACGUUGAGCAUCAUGAUCGGGGCUGUACUGAACAUCAGCAAGGAUAGCCUGGUCACCACGCUGUUAGCGCAGACCAGGUGUCGGCUUGGACUUGUCGGAUUGGCCUUAACUAAUGUAUGCAGCGGUCUCAUGGCUGAAGAACACUACACCUACUCUGGCGGUUAUUCUAACAAGCUCUUCACAGCACAGCAAGAAGCGAUAGUAAAGAAUCGUCUUCGAAUAUGUGUUCAGCAACACCAGAGGGCGUUACGGGCUGCUGAAAUACUGCAGGAUUGCUUUUCUGUGCCAACAUUCGCUCAGUUCAGCGUCUCACUGAUUAUUAUAUGUGUCACCGCCUUUCAAGUUUUGUCCCAAACAAGCAACCUAGUGAGGCGUUUAUCAAUGAGCACGUAUCUCCUGAAUAUGAUUUUACAAGUGUUUCUAUAUUGUUACCAAGGACACCAUCUGACGGCGGAGAGUGAGGAGUUAGCGCGGAGAGCGUACGAGAUGCCGUGGUACAUGUGCAGCGUCAACGUGCGCCGCUCCAUCUUGAUCAUGAUGAUACGCUGUCACCGCAUUGUCAAGUUCACCGCUGGAGGAUUCACGACGCUAUCUCUCGCCACUUUCACUGCUGUUAUAAAAUUGUCCUACUCAAUGCUGACGCUACUGCAACAAGUCAACGAAAAACAUUAAAAAUGCUCGUAUAGAUAUGAAGACUUCAUCGGUUUUCAAUAAAAUAUUUCUUAAAACUACGUUAACACUAACAACAAAUUAUUGUUUAGUGUUACUUUUAUAAUAGUUUGCGUA